AUGGCACUUCCUCCGUCGGUAGCACUGGCUGCAGUGAUAGCCCCCUGGGUUCUCAUUAGUAUCUUUGUCGUUUGGGCGUUCUUCCGCGGUCUCAGCUGCUCGAUUCCUCGCGCUGUUCAUCCAUCUGAAGAGAUUAGAAGGCUUCGUGUGGGAUUUCUGCAUCCUGAUUUUGGUAUUGGUGGUGCUGAGAACCUUGUCGUGAAUGCAGCGGUCGCACUGCAACAGCGUGGAGCAUAUGUCACCGUGUUUACGGCCCAUCACGACGUGAACCACUGCUUUGAAGAGACUCGGGGCGACGGACCUUUGGCUGCACGUGUGCGUGUCUACGGCGACUGGCUGCCGCGCACGAUUCUAGGCAAGCUCUAUGCGUUCUGCGCAUUACUUCGCGUACUAUACGUGACUCUAUGUAUAGCGGUAUACGAUAUUGACGACCUGGACGUGUUUGUGGUGGACCAAGUGUCGAUCUCUAUCCCCUUCCUGCGCGCGAUGGGCAAGCCAGUGCUUUUCUACGGCCAUUUCCCAGACAAACUCCUCUGUAUCCCCUCUGACUCGCCCUGGAAGCGUAUGUAUCGUGUACCGUUGGACUUCUUGGAGGAGGUCACAACCGCAUCGUCGGACAUCAUUGUAGCCAACAGCAAGUUCUCGCGUGGAGUCUUUCAUGAGGUUUUCCCACGUCUUCAGAUGAAAAAAGUGGGAAUUCUCUAUCCACCGGUCGAUAUAAAGGCAUACAAAGCCACAGCUGAGGCCAGUGUAGAGCGUGACUCGGGUCUGUUCGUGUCACUGAAUCGUUUCGAGCGAAAGAAGAAUGUAGCUCUGGCUAUUGAAGCACUCGUGGAGCUGCGCCACAAAGUGCCUAGUGAGGAGUUCAAGCGUGUCAAACUUAUCGUCGCGGGAGGAUACGACCCGCUUCACACGGAGAAUCAAGAGCAUCUGAUUGAGCUUCAAGACGUGGUGGUCAAGCACGGUCUAGAAGACCACGUGGAAUUUCGUACAUCGGUCUCAAAUUCCAUGAAGCUCGAGUUGCUGCGCAAGGCUCAUGCUAUCCUGUACACGCCCGACCGCGAGCACUUUGGCAUCGUUCCUAUCGAGGCCAUGGCAUGUGGUACUCCAGUCAUCGCAGUAAGCUCUGGUGGUCCGCUGGAGUCCAUCGCUGACGGCGAAACAGGUUUUUUGUGCGAGCAGAAGCCAAAGGCGUUUGCCAAGGCUAUGGCAGAACUAUGCGGACCCAAACAUAGUACUAGAGUCGUGGAGAUGGGUGUUUGUGGUAGACUACGUGCUCAGAAGCUCUUCUCGCUUGAAACCUUCGGUGACGCUUUGCUUGAGCUGGUAAACGAGGCUGUGUAUGGUGAGAAAGCGGCAUAA